AGAGAAACAAAAAAUUAUAUCGUCGACACCCCCGUGGGUCACGAAAAGGAAAAUAAGCGAAAACUUCAUUCUAUCCACGGAAAUACAUGUGUGCAGCCACGUUGUUUUUUGCGACCUGCGCAAAAAUUCUUUGCCGCACCUCUCAUGGCGUGCUUUCGAACUCAAUAGUAAGGCGAAAUCCGCUUUCGCUUUGCGUCUGGAUUGCCUGUUGAAGAGGGGUACUAACAACUCCGUUUGCACGAGUUGGUAAAAGACGAGACAACUAUUCUUUGGAUGCGCUAAAUAGGGCAAUCAGUAUAUUUUUGGCAUGACAAGAAGAACAAGAAGAACAAAGGGAGUGGUGCGUGGUCGCAAAAUAAAUCGCGGCUGAACAUAGUUUUUGUAUCAGGAUAAAUAGUAAACGUAAAUCAAUCUGUAUUUGUUCUUUUGAUCAUCUAAAACCAGUCCUACGUGUAUAAUUCAUUAUCAUUUCUGAAAGAGAAAUCAUUUUCCGUCGUUUCCGACUCAUUUGUCCAUCUUCCGUUCUCAUCCGAAGUAUCCGCGGGGGAAAUGAAGAUCGAUCGCAGUCCUUCUAGAGAUGAAGCCGGUAGUGCGAUGUAUUGCGAGCAUGCAAAUAUUUCUAUUUCAUGCCUGCUGGUGAGCGAUCAUGGUCAUGGUGUCUGGUCGUAAGUAAAAAAAAAUAGGUGUCGUUCGCUUUUCUGUUUAUUUUGCAUGGUCUCUAUCUCUUUCCAGGACUGUUGAAAAUUUGUGUUGCAUAUCAGGCAACAAGGCUGUUCCCCGCACAAGAUGUACGGCUACAACGUCCAGGUGGUAUAGAAUUCUAUCUAAAUGUUGACUCUUUCGAUUUGUCAUGGUAAAAAUCGCAUGGUAAGUGCAGUUUGUCAUGCAGAAUGAACUAAGUACAUACCCAAGACUCUACAUAAACCAUUCAACAGAUGAACAAAUCCCCGUACGGGUACCAGCGCUCUCCCGCGCUCUCGCCGUUAUGGAUUGCAAAAGUAGUAUCGUACUGGUAUAAAUGCAUUACAAAUCUCCUCAGCAUGAGAAACAAAAUUUGUAAUGCGGAUUGGACUUCUUGACAAAAAGAUUUGUAAUGCAUGAUUGCAAUACGAAUACGAUGCUUUUGCACAGGAUAGCCGUACAACCACCACAACUCCCCGUCAUCCUCCAGAUCGCCCGGCCACCGCGAGGGACUUACGUUUUACUCCGAUGAUUUACCCAGGGGAAGAUAUUAGCGGUGUGUAGCUUCUUGUUCUUUCUUGUGCGCGACAUGGCGAUGGGAUAGGGAUUUGUGAUGUUAAAAUGAUCCCGAGACUAAGAGUAAGAGUCGUCGCGUUUUUUUUUGUGGCACGCCAGCUUUGUCUUUCGGUUUCUGAUAUGCGAAGUCAUGCUUUGCGUAGUUUAUUACCUCGGUGCUAACGACAAGCUGCUAUUGCUAUCUGCUCUUCCCUUGGAUAGGUCAAUCUGCGUCCUUACACAGUUUCAAAAGCCGAAAUGCAGCAGAUGAAAGAGGCGCUGACGAGCCUGGUAUAACAUUAACGCGGCUGAAAGUAGUUUUCCCCGAAAAUGAAAAAAAAAAGACUUGCCACGCAUGAUUCGAUUUGGAGCUCGUUGAUGAUGCAAAAACUUCUCCUCUCGGAUUGAUUCCAAAAAAAUUAUAUACAGUACAUGGACCGCAUCCUACCCGAUGAAAAGACCCUGAAGGCCCGGCUCAAGUUAUGAAAUUGAAAGCAAUUAUUUGCCAGCUGGUGCGAUGCGGGAUCGUCCGCUUUUGUCAUUCAAAUAAACACUUUUCAGUGCAGAAUAUUCAUGCCUGUCCUGCUCUUUGUGAUCUUCCAAGACAAAAACACUCCUUCACUUCUCCAACUAGCAAAUAAAUCCGUUUUCAAUUUCAUAGUUGGUGCAUUGUGCGGAAGGAUCUCCCUAUGGAAGCAAAAAAUGCCAUCGGUGCACCAUAAUGUAGUUCGUGACACGUCGUGUGUUUGUGCAUGGAUUCGAACGAUAAUCAUUCGAAACUGCUUACAUUGUCGUGCUGCGCAUGAUGACCUUGAGGCCUUUGCUGGUGUGUCUCUGUAUCAAAAGAUUUGAAGUUGUCUUUGUCUGCAUGAAGAAACACUAUUUGUUAACUCAAACACACUAAAACUCUCAUGCUCAUCUUCGUCAGGCCAAGUUCUUCCCAUCGCGGACUGAGGUAGUUCUACCGAUCGAGUUUUUCGUUUCCAUACCCCAUUACUGACCGACGAUUUCAUCAAUGCCUAUCGUGUAUGAAUAGAAUACAUCACUCAAAAAGACAGCUGAAUUUGUGUUGUCAGAGAGCCUAUCAUUAAUAAGUGGAGAAAAGAGUAAAGCCCAUGAAUGUAUGAAGAAUAUCGGAGAAAGUCCUACUUUUUCUACGUGAAGCAAUACAAGUCUCGGUGUUCUUUCGGACUGGCUUUUUGAACUUCCAUAACUCCUCCUGCCGGAAUACGUUGUCGUGAAGAACGAAAACGGGAUAUAACCCGCUCAGGUGUUACAAUCUCAAGCGUCACAGUAGAGCAUGGAAAUCUGUGAUGCAAGAUUGCAUGAUCUAGCCAAGUCUCAUAGGAGUGCGCAUGACAAGUGCCGGAGCCCUAAACCCUACGACAAUCCGGCGAAAUUUGUAUUGAAAAUAAAGUUGGAACGCUGUGCGAGUCUGUCAUGCUCAUCAUGCAACACAGAUUCUAUUGUAACGUUUGAGAUUGUAACUUUUGAGCAAGUUAUAUGGGAACAUCGUAAUUUUUAUCAAGUGCAAAUGUGUAGUCUGGGUCUGGAAGAGUGCAACUCGUGACGCUAGUCCCUUUGGACUCGACAUAGAAUCUGUAUUGCAUGAACAGCAAAAGUAGAGGUCCAAUUUUUGCUUUACGCGGAGAGGGAAUUUGUCAUGCAGUAUGACCAUCAGAAUGUUUCUCUCGCAGAAUGAUCUCUGAUGCUCGGGCAUGCAUCACAGCCCUUAUGAUGGGUCAUGCAAAAUCUGCAUGACAAAGUCCUGCACUCUUCUAGACCCAGAUAUAUUUGCACUUGAUAAUUUCUUUGGCAAAAGAGUUGGUGCUAUCAAGUGUAAAAAUGUCUGGGUCUGGAAACUUGUGAUGCUGUGUGGCGUCUCAUGAUGAGGCUACAAGUGCUGGCUCAGCAUGACAAGUUUCUGAGCUUCUAGGUGUUGCCAAUUCCGCAUGACAACCUGCGCUUCUGCAUCACAGAAAAAUGGAGCUCUUGGGUAACGUGCAUGACAGAUUUAAGAGUCAUGCCAGACAAGCAUGACAAACAUGCAUUCUUCCAGACCCAGACAUUUUUACAUUUGAUAGGUGCCUGCCGACUUUCUCGGGUUCGUGGUAUCCUGUGCAAAAGCAUCGCGCUCGUAGUAAUUCCAUUUUUGAAUCUCCAAAUCUGGUUUCCCAGGUGCUUCACGACCAUGACAGAUUUCAUUUGUCACGCUGACAAAACUAAAUGAUUAAAUUUGUAAGAAAAAUACUACGUACUAGAAGAACUGGUUUGAAGAUGCUUUUGCAAUGCAUACGUCGAUCCAACCAGCAAUGCCGAUCCGUAUGGGAAGGACGUGUGGGAUGGGUUUGAGACCUAUGAAAUGCAAAAGUGUCUGGGUCUGGAGUGUUGCAGGGUUUGUCAUGCAUAUUUUGCAUGACCCAGGAUUGUUUGUGAUGUAUGCCCUACCAUCACAGAUUUUCAGAACCCUUCCUGAUUCCUACUCCGCAUGACAAAUACCCUCCCCGCGUAGCACAAACUAGACUCCUCUAGCUGGUCACGCAAUACAGAUUUUUUUGGAGUCCAAAGUUAGCAUCACAAGUUCCAACCUUCCUGACCCAGACACUUUUACAUUUGAUAAGACCUACCUUGGUUCGAUGAUCGAAACAUUCCAGAGCCAGUCCAGACAGGUAUAUUUAGAGCAUUUCUCUAUCAAAUGUAAAAAUAUCGGGGUCUGGAAGAAUGCAAGAUUUGUGAUGCAGGUUUUCCAUGACCCAUGAGGUCUGGAAUGCGAGACCCAGCAUGACAGAUUUCUUGAGGUCUUUAUCAUGCCUUUCCUGCAUGAGAGACUCCCCCUCAAGUUGGUCAAAAGCGGACAGCUUUUGGUACUCACGCAACACAGAUUUUUGCAUCAUUGAGAUUUAGCAUGACAAGUUCUAACCUUCCAGACCCAGACAUUUUUGCAUUUGAUAUUUUCAUUUUUGUGGCAAUGUGUCGGCGUAGCUUGCCAUGGUCGUAGCUGCAGUAUAGUGUUUUUUGUGAAGAAUAACAAUAAAGAUAGGUAGCAUUUGCAUUCCAUGUCCAACAAUACCACAGCAGAAUCCUACCGGAGUUAGUAUCCAAGGAAAAGAAAAAGCAUUGCUGUGAUUUUUUGCAUUCUUUCCUGGCUCCUUCGUGCUGCCGAAAUUUAGACUCUUUGCGCAACUGAAAGCUUCAGUUUGUAUUUUUCUUUGUCAUGACAAGUCGUCCCUGUAUGGCCCAUUUUCUGCAACACAAAUUUACGACAGUGAUGCUUUAUUUUUCCUUGGAUAUCCUCCUUCCACAGAGGAAGAUACGGCAUGGCGGUGGACCUGUAUAAAAGGGAAUUACUAUGAAGAUGUUGAAAACUCGGCGUCCUACGCCUCUGGAAAUCAUGCAGCUAAGUAAUAAUUAUGUAAAGAGCCUGGUUUUCUGCAAUUGUGAUGAGAUAUAUCAGGCAGGCGCUUCUCCAUAGGUUAAACUGCAAUUUUUGAUAAAACCGAGAAACAGAAAUGAGAUGUGGCAGUGAUUUUCAUCUUCAUAGAGUGAAUUCUUCAAGGAUUUGACUCUUGGAGAGGUCUAUCAAGUGUAAUAAUGUCUGGGUCUGGUUGAAUGCCACUUGUCAUGCUGCGUUUGGAUUCCAAAAAAAUCUGUAUUGCAUGAGUACCGAAGGCAAUGCAAUUUAUUUUGCUACGCUGAGAAGGCAUUUGUCAUGCGGAAUAGGCAUCAGGAAGCCCUCAAAAAAUCUGUAUUGCUAGGGUAUGGAUCACAGACAUCAUGGCUCAUGCAAAACGUGCAUGACAGGUGUCAGAAUCUUCCAGACCCAGGCACUUUUGCAGUUGAUAAGGUCUGCCACGUGGUGGAGUUGGCGAUUCAGAUAUCCAAAAAAAAAAAAGACUGCAGGCGUAUUUUUUUGGAGGAACUGCAUGACAAAUCUGUGUGGCAUGAGGGCAAAACCUGUCAUGCGCAGAUAGUACUGAAAAACGCAGCUGAAUGGACCCUACAACGCAUUUCCAGCAUGACAGACGCAAUCAUCUUGCACGUUGCGCACCACAAUAAACUUACACUAACAGUGUUUUUUUCUUGGAUAUCAGAGGGACCUCCUUCACUACGAGAACAACUUGUUACUCCCCGCCCAGGCCUGCGGAAAAUACCAUAAUGGUAUAGGUUUUUUCCCUCAAGAACGAUUUGUAGUCAAUUUCAAUGCCUUUGCACCUUGUAGAUUUUGUUCCGAUCAUCGUUUUAUCGGUCCUCGAUCAUGGCGGACAUCUAAAAGAAUUUGGAGCAUAUUUUUUGUGAAAAUGUCAUGAAAAACUUAACUCUCAGCGAUUUACGGUGUCCCAACGGCCUCUGCGGCGAACCAGAGGCACACCGGUUCUUCGAGUUAUAUUCAAUCGAUGGAAGAGUUGAAGUACCUCCUCGCCGACUUAUGCCAGUAAAAUUCUGAAUCUAGGCUGCAAGAAAAUCUGUAAAAACAAAGCCACGUGUUCCGGGGGCAAUCGGCGGGGCUCUGUGUAUUCCUUCGCAUCAAUCUAUGCACAACUUCAUUAUCGAACCGAACUUGAUUCGAAGAUGUUUAUUUCACUUAUCGGUCUAACUACAGAUUUUUUAUCUAAUGCAGGUCCUAAUCGAGACAGAAUUUUGCGGGUAUACUUGCUUUUGACCCGGUACCCCGAGGGCUUCAACCUGUCAACGUUGAAGACGAAGAUCAAGGUAUUUCCUCAUAGUUUAUCCCGUGCCGGCAUACAAUACAAGCACAGCUAGUCAUAGUGUAACCAGAAGAAAAGGAAUAGUUCAGAGCAAUUGGGCCGCAGAGGAAGCAUUUUUGCCCUGCAGCAACCGUUCGCAUGUAAAAAUGCAAAGUCGUGUAGUCACCAUCUAGAAAUCCAAAUCUUAUCCCCAUGAUCACAACAGGCCUACUACAACAAGCGGCUUUCGGAAACCGUCUUCCACGAGACCAAGCUGCUUACACUGGUCACGCAGUCUCCCAUUGAUACCAUUGUGAAGAUUGUGAAGCUGCAAGGGAAUUGCGGUUAUGCAGUGCAAAAACAUCGUUACUAGUAGUAAUUGCAUAUACAAAUUAGCUCAGCAUGAGAAACGGAAUCUGUCAUGCUGUUUUAGCUUAAGAAGAAGAUUUGUCAUGCAUAAUUUCAAUGACAAUUACUACGAGCGCGAUGCUUUUGCAAUGCAUAGCGGUUACCUGUGUCAGCCCGCGUUUGACGUCGAGUCCGGUCCCAGAGUAUCCUGUGCAACAGUAUCCUACUCGUAUUGCAGUCAUGCAUUACAAAUCUUUUUCUUAAGGUAAAUGCGCAUUACAAAUUUUAUUUCUCAUGCUGAGGAAACUUGUAAUGCAUUUAUACGAGUACGAUGCUUUUGCAGUUCAUACAGAGGCGUCCCACGGCCCUACCGCUACGAAAACUACCGCAGCAGCCAUGGACAGUACAAUCGCACUCGGGCCGCUCCCCGGCAGCAGUACCAGAACAACACCUCCUACAACCGCGCCAACAACAACUACAACUCCGCCGGGCGACAGGCUGGUCAGCAGAACUGGUAUGGCGGAGGACAGCAGAGCUCCUACCCGACUCCGAGCUCGACUGGCAGCUGGAGCAGCGGUUACACCUGGACCCCGUCGUCUUCAACUGGUGUGUACAGUAACAGUAGCUGGUCCUCAUACAACGGUUACGGUUCCUCUUCCUGGAACAACGGAUCGGUGCCGGCCUCGACUAUGACCUCAACUUCUUCAGCCACAACUACAUCCAGUAGUAAUUAA